GCUCAACAGGAGAUCUGCAAGUUCUUAUUAUUUAAGUUUCUCAGAGCAGUCUGAAGAAGUUCACGUGAGAAAAGGAUCUGUGGAACACAAAUUAAAAAUGCAUAUCAUCUCAAGAUGUAUAAUCCUCUUUAUGAUGAUAUUAAAUAUUUUGUGUCAAGGCGAAUUAAACAAUGACUGGGAAAUCAGCUUCGCUCCAGCAGAAGUGACUGCAGUGUCAGGAUUAUGUGCUCUCAUUUCAUGUAGCUUCAGUUAUCCAAACACAGCAAUGCCUAAGAAACUGCUGCUGUAUCAAUGUAACGACCAAUGUAAAGCAACAGAAACAGUUAAGAAACUAAAAUUUAGGAUGCUUGAACCUAAUCUAGACAAAAACAACUGCGGCAUCAUUAUAAACAAUGUCAGACCAGAAUAUGCAGGAGAAUAUACGUUCAGAGUGGAGGGAAUUCAGUCAUUCACAUACAACCCCGGAUUUAAAAUCACCAUUCAAGAUAAGCCUGUAAUAAUCAUUCCUCCUCUUAGAGAAGGACAGGAGGCAAAUCUGAGCUGUUCAGUGCCUUUUCCAUGCCCUGAAACACCUCCUGAAAUCACAUGGUGGAUCAAGAAAAAAAGAGGAAACUUCACUGAGCUGAAGGAAAAUAUCACAUUGACAACCUCAGAGAGCUUCAUCCUGUCAACUUUGACCUUUAUGCCAACUUCUGACUUACACAAAGCUACUGUCAAAUGUGAAGCAACAUAUAAAGACACCAAAACCAUCAAGAACAAUAUGCCCAUAGAAGUGAUGUAUGUAAAGGCUCUCACAAUUCAGGGUAAUAACACAGUGAAUGAGGGCGAUACUCUCAGUCUCAACUGCACUGUUGACAGUCACCCACCAUCAUCUCAUCCUGUAUGGAGUUUUAAUGGAAACACAGAAAAACUCAAGAAUCACAUUUCUGCUGAAUCUCUCACUAUUACCAAUGUCAGCAAGCUGCAUGCAGGAGAAUAUGUCUGUGCGGUGACAUAUAGAAAUGAGACUUUAACCAAAUCUAUCAACAUCAAUGUCAUUCCCUAUAAAAAUGAAUUGGAAACACAUGGGACAAACGGCCAAGACAAUGCUGGACAAAACCGGACUGGUAAAACUAUAGAUCCACAGAAUGUCACCGGAAAUAUCACAGGUGUAGAUAACAAGGGCCAGAAUGACACUAUACGUGAAUAUUUUAAGAACCUGGAGCUGUCAACAGUACUCACGUUUUUGGCGGGAAUGGCAACUUCAGCAGUCAUCUUCUCUGUGGUGUUGUGUUGUUGUGUGUCUUGCAACAGAUCCAAAAAACCUGAAGUGCUGGCCGCACCCCCAGACUCUGCAGCUCAUUUGGAGAUGGUGCAGACGAACAUAGAUUCGGCUGUGAACGGUGAACAGACCAAUGAAGAGACGCCUCUUCAAAACCAAUUUGACAUAGAGAUGUCAAGCACACAGGUGGAGAUGACAGGUCCAGCAGAGGAGAGUGAAGCAGGUGGGGCAGAUGGAGAUGUUGAUUAUGCCGCAAUCGAUUACUCGCUUCUGAAGAAGAAAUCACCUGAAGAGAAAGAGGAGGAGACAGCCAACACAGACUAUGCAGAGAUCAAAAGGGAUACGAAAGGAAGAAGAGCCCCUCAGAAUCAAGAUGAUCAAGUUGAAAUGUCUAAUGGAGGAUUCGAAAACCAGAAGCAGAAUGAGGGCGAGGAGGACAUUUAUUCAAAUUCUCAAGCAGUGAAAGGUUUGGCAUAAGGAAGUAUGCAGUAAGCAAUGCGUUUUGUGAACUUUGAAAAGCAUUUCCCAUUUAUUUUGAAAUGUCUUAGAUGUGCAUUUACUGUAAGGAUAUGUUAAAGGGGACAUUUCACAAGACUUUUUUAAGAGGUCAAAUAAAUCUUUGGUGUCUCCAGAGUAUGUAUGUGAAGUUUUAGCUCAAAGUAUCAUAUAGAUAAUUUAUUAUAACAUGUUAAAAUUGCCACUUUGUAGGUGUGUGCAGAAAUGUGCCGUUUUUGGUGUGUCCUUUUAAAUGCAAAUGAGCUGAUCUCUGCACUAAAUGGCAAUGUCGUGUUUGGAUAGUGCAGAUUAAGGGGCAGUAUUAUCCCCUUCUGACAUCACAGGGGGAGCCAGAUUUCAAUGACCAAUUUUUGCACAUGCUUGCAGAGAAUGGUUUACCAAAACUAAGUUACUGGGUUGAUCUUUUUCACAUUUUCUAGGUUAAUAGAAGCACUGGGGACCCAAUUAUAGCAUUUAAUCAUGGAAAAAGUCAGAUUUUCAUGAUGUGUCCACUCUAAAGGGAGGGUUCACCCAAAAAAAAAGAAAAAAACUUUGACAUUAUUUACUCACUCUCAUGACACCCCCAUUGCUUCUUUUUGUUCUUCCAAACCCAAAUAUUGUUAAAGUGUUGUUUUUGGUUUUCUGGUUAUAGAGGCGUACCUUACAAAAUCAAGCUUAAAAAUAACAAAAAAAGUGCUAAAUAAACAACUCCAUUUGACUUGCCAACAAACAGGUAUGUCUAAGGCAGGAUUAAGCAGAUUUAAAGCAAAAAUAUUUGAUGAACAUAUAAUACGUGACGAGAGCAUUCGGUUAAUAUCAUUCAUAUCUUAUUUUUUGACGGAGGUGGCAUUUAGUGGCUUUUGCAUCUGAGCUUCUCUACUUUAUUGUUGUAGCACUGUUGAAUAAGUUAUUACACAUUAUUUAAAAUGAAACAUCCUAAAACUGCCUAAACCAGUGCUUCCCAAACUGUGGGCCGAGGUCCCCCAGUGGGCCGUCGCGGUACUUUAUAUGCUAAAUAAAAUAAUUAAAAUAUUCGAAUUGUUCUGAAAUGUGAUUAUUACAUAAACAUAAAGCAUAUACAUUUUUUUCUAUUAUAGUGAGGUGAGAUACGCAGCUUGUAAAUGGUUUUAAACCUUAAUGAAUUUAGUAAUUAAUUGCAAUAGAUUUGUGAAUUAUAUGUAGCUUCUGUUACACACGUUGAUGCAUUAUAAUUGUAAAUAU